AAAUAUUUCGAGAAAACGUGGGCUGGUGGUCGCUAACUGCGUUUUAAAGCUGAAAUCAACCAGGCGUUUCAAGUGUUAGAGACCAGGCUCCCAGUAUCUGAUUAUAUUUUGGCCCACAAUACAUUUCGAUCUCGACAUUCUUUCGUUCCCGAUGCAUUUUGGGGUUGGGAGACGCGCUGUCCCUAAUGGCAUGUGCCCAACACGAGUACGUCAUUUGGUUUUCCGGCGUUUCUCCAUUUUAAGGGCAAUUUUUUUAGCAAAAAUUUUUCCUGUUCUGAUCUCUGUCUCGCAGGGUUUGUUCUUUUGUGUUGAUCUUUGUUCGUCGGUAGGUCAAAGAGCUGUCUACAAAAUGAGGGGAUGGUGUGUAAAUGAGAGGUGUCACUCAGUGUCAUGUCGUCUUUGAGCCUUCUUGAUUUUUUGGAACAAAUGGGUGACUAUCCAAGACCUUUCAGUAGAUUUGAUGUCGCGGAUGAUGACGAUGAUGAUGAAGAAGAAGAAGAUGGAAUACCUAAAAUCAGGAUUGGAAUCUGUGCCAUGAGUAAAAAGACUAACUCGCAGCCUAUGCAAGAGAUUCUGGGUCGUAUGAGUGCAUUUGAUUGUGUGGAUAUCUUUGUUUUUCCUGAUGACACCAUCGUGAACAUCCCAGUUGAGGAAUGGCCCAUCUGUGACUGCCUGAUUUCAUUUUACUCUAAAGGAUUUCCUCUUGAGAAAGCUAUCGAGUAUGCCAAGCUAAGGAAGCCGUUUAGUCUUAACGACCUAGAGAUGCAGUUUGCGUUACUGGACAGACCAACAAUGUACAGUCUUCUAGAGAGUGCAGGAAUAGAAACACCAAGACACGCAAUUUUGCUGCGAGAUGAAGACGGAAAUCCUAUAAACACAAAAUUUGUUGAACUAGAUGAUUCAGUGCAGAUAGGUGAUGUGGUGUUCCAAAAACCCUUUGUUGAGAAACCAGUGAGUGCAGAGGACCAUAACGUGUACAUAUAUUACCCCUCAGGAGCUGGCGGCGGGAGCCAGAGAUUGUUCAGAAAGGUUGGGAAUAGAAGUAGUGUGUACUCAGCUGAGAGCUCAGUACGGAAAGAAGGGUCAUACAUCUAUGAAGAUUUUGUAGUCACUGAUGGAACAGAUGUGAAGGUGUACACUGUUGGCCCAGAGUAUGCUCAUGCUGAAGCCCGCAAGUCUCCCUCACUGGAUGGAAAAGUUGAAAGGGACAGCCAAGGGAAAGAGAUACGUUACCCAGUUAUUCUCAACCAGUAUGAGAAAGAACUAGCAAACAAAGUCUGCAAACUGUUCAAGCAAACGGUCUGUGGUUGUGACUUGCUCCGCACCCAUGGCAAGUCAUAUGUUUGCGAUGUCAAUGGCUUUAGCUUUGUCAAGACCUCCAAGAAGUACUACGAUGAUGCUGCACAAGUGUUAAUGAGUCUUAUUGUACAAGAACUAGCUCCUCAGUUGUACAAACCAUAUGAUCUAGAUGUGCAAGAGGAAAUUCCUACUGUUGAAGCUUUGGAAGGUACCAUGCUGGAGUUAAGGUGUGUGGUUGGAAUCAUCAGACAUGGUGACCGAACUCCAAAACAGAAAAUGAAAAUGGAAGUGAGACAUCCAAGAUUUAUCGAGCUGUUUAAGAAGUACAAUGGCUUUAAUGAACAAAAGCUCAAGCUCAAGAGACCAACUCAGUUGCAAGAGGUGUUGAAUAUUGCCAGAGAUUUGCUAGCUGACAUCAAGGAGGGGAAGCCAGUGUUUGAAAGUCGUAACAAAAUCCACCAACUCAAAAGUGUUUUAGAAAUGUAUGGUUAUUUCUCUGGAAUCAACCGAAAAAUUCAGUUCAAAUACCUUGGUAAACCUAGAGAUGGAAAUGAAAGUGAGAGCAGUGAAAGUCGCCAGAGCAGUGAAAGUCGAGAUUCAGGAUCAGAUGAAAGAAGUGGAAAAAAGAAACAAGGAAAGGAAUCAAAAAACAAGCAAGCAGAGGCUAACGAUGAGAAAGAAGUGAAGAGGAAGGAAAGUAAAGAAACUAAAACUCAAGGAAGUGAAGAACCAAAAGAGACUGAGGAGGUUGAUCAGAAAGGAAGUGAAGACAAACUGGCAGUUCCUGUUGACAAGGAUCAUUCUUUGUUGUUGAUUGUUAAGUGGGGUGGAGAAUUGACCACCAUGGGAAAGGAACAGGCACUACAGCUGGGACGUGCCUUCAGGAGUAUGUACCCUGGCGGCCAAGGACAGUAUUCUAAAAUGUCAGGUAUUGGUCUGCUGCGACUUCACAGUACUUACAGACAUGAUUUGAAGAUUUAUGCAUCAGAUGAGGGACGAGUGCAAAUGACAGCUGCUGCCUUUGCAAAGGGCUUCCUGGCUCUCGAAGGUGAACUGACACCUGUUCUUGUGCAUCUUGUACGAAGUGAUAAGAAUACUACAGAGAUGCUUGACACCUCCAAUGAUGCUGCCAAGAUACUGGGAAAGGUGAAACACAGACUUCAUGAAAUUCUUCACUCUAAUGAGGAUUUCAAAGAGGAGGAUUUUGCCAAGCUUGCACCAACCAAGUCUCGUUCUGUGAUCAAUGCUAUGAAUUUUGUCAAGAAUCCUUACAAAAUGUGUGAAAAGCUCUAUAACCUGGUGCACAAUCUUACAGGACAGCUGAAGGACAUGAUUGCUCAGAAGGAUUUUGAUCCAAGAGCUCCAUUUCUGUACCAUGAUGAAACGCUGGAGUUAAUGAUGCACAGAUGGACAAAACUAGAAAAGGAUUUCAAGCUGAAAAGUGGGCAGUUUGAUAUAAGUCUUAUUCCAGACAUCUACGACUGUAUCAAGUAUGAUGUGCAGCAUAAUAGUCAACUGGGUCUCACAAACAGUCUGGAUUUGUACAAAUGCGCCAAGGCUUUUGCAGACAUUGUUAUUCCACAGGAAUAUGGGAUUACAACAGAUGAGAAGUUAGCUAUUGCUCAAAGAGUCUGUGUGAGACUUUUAAGGAAGAUCAGAGGAGAUCUGCGGCAUGCUGAUAAGUCUGACAUCCACACUCGUCUCAAUCCCAAUUACUCACAGAGUGUAGAAACACCGCAUCGUCAUGUUCGGACUCGAUUGUACUUCACUAGCGAGAGUCAUGUACACACCGUGCUGAAUGCUUUUAGGCAUGGAAAGCUCUUUGAGGAUAUUCCAAAUGACCAGUGGCGGAGAGCAGUAGAAUUCUUAGCUGAGGUUCCAGAGUUGAACUACAUGACUCAGCUGGUGCUUCUGUUGUAUGAAGAUCCUAAAGCUGACCCUCUGUCCGAGAACCGUUUUCAUGUGGAAAUGCAUUUCAGCCCUGGAGCAAAGACCAUGGAUGAUCCCGAGUUCUUGGCAAGGAAUUCUCCCACAAGGAAACGCAGUGUAGAGGACGUGAGACAUGCCGGUGCUUGUAAGCCUGCGCAUGGCAUUGAUGUAGGAACCGCUGGUAAGAUGAGCCAAGUCAAUGAAAAUCAAGUGGUGGGUGUUGGCCAGGACAGUCAGGAUGUCCUUAAUGAUUCUCUCUCUGCAGCUGCAUCAGUUGGUGGUCUUGAAACUUCGUCUCAAGUUGUAUCCACCAGCUCAAAUCCUGAGCAUUCUAAGAGCGUGGAAAGAGAACAGGAAGUUACUGGGGGCUAUGCUGGAAACUCGCAGAGCCCAGAGCUUAAUUCCACCGAAGAGGAACCGUCUGAAAGCGGAGAUUUCGAGGCUUUCGAUGACAAACCGUUUGAUGACACCGUUUAUGCUGGCAAUGAACGGCCACGAUGUUCAAUUGGAAUUGAUGACUACUCAGACUCUGCCAUCGGAGCAAGCAGCGGAGAUAGUGCUGUUUCCUCAGGUACAUCCAUCGAGGGAUCGUCUGGAGAAGAAAAGCUCUUGACCAGACAGCGGAAUAGCUUGAGUGAAAGUGAUAUAACCAGUGUUCGUGGUGGAGUCGACAGGAGGUGCAAAUCUGACAGCGAAGUGACAACUGUUGGUACCUCGACAAGGGGUGUUGUACAGGGAAAAGAGGGAGGUCAGGAGAAAAGCUCCGUGGCAUCUAUUACCGAAGAAGUUCCUUUAAAGCCACGGAGUCUCCGGCCCAAGGCACAUUCUAUUUCUGGAGGUUCUCCAACUGUUUACACACCAUCAAGCAGUGAAUCACCAGAUGACUCGAACAUUUACAAGUUUUCACAAGGAGUCGGGGCUGAUCUGCUCGCCGUUCACGAAGAAGAUGGAGAGUAUGAAUAUGACGAUUCAACUGAUGAUGAACAUCAACGAAAAAGCAGCGUGGAAGAAGACGAACUGCCAUUGAUGGAAGAAGGGAGACCAAAACCGUCAUCAGCCAAGUCAGACACCACUUCUGUUCGUCAACGAAAGGUCUCCUUUGAUCUGGUACGUGAACAAGGAAAGAACGAUUUACACGGUCAGCCACUGAGGAUCGUCCAGUCGACUCCUUCCUUAAAGAAAGGUUCUCCAACAAGAAAAAUGAGUCUUGGAUCUGCGACGUCCACUAUCCGUGCAGUGAGAAAUCUUUCUUACGCCAUUCAAAGUGCUUUGGUUGUCAGACCAUAUUCUGUUACAAAGAUUACUAGAAACAGUCGCAAACCACCAAUUGCGGAUUUUUAUGAAGAAAUGACCAAAGUGGAAUCCCUGAAUCCCCUGCGCACAUUACACAACGCAGUACCUCUAAAGGAGAUGGACAACUUCUUUGAUAAAGCCACUGGUCAAAGCAUCGAAGCAGUUGUAACACCAUUCAACACUCCCUCAAGAAAAGCUCCAUCGAAGAAGCUCUCGAGGCCAUCCUCAAAUCGUACCCAGCUGCUGGAGCAAAGGGGAAGCACAACUAAUGAGGACGUCGAGGAGAUUGUUACAGACUUGUUAGCUGAAGCCAGUCAGAAACUUGAUUCUUGACAGUAAUUAUCCUUCUUGGCGGCAGUACAGAGCAGGAAAAACUGUUAAGGUUCAAUUACCGUGAGAAUGUCAAGGGUGUUAAUUUGAAUUGUUAUACGGCUCUGUCUCACAUAGACUGGGCACUACCAAAUUCACGAAUUUGAUUGGCUGAAAUCGAUAUUGAAAGGGGUCUAGAUUUUCCCAUCUGGACCGCCAUCUAAACCGGUAAUGUUUUGGAGUGAAAAAGUUGCAAACUAAAAAGCAAAAUCAUUGACUAUUUUCAUCGAACAAUAUUUAUUUAUGGAAGUGCCAA